UGAACCGCGUGCUACAACUGGGUGGCCCUCUCAGACUUUGAGCGGCAGACAGCCGGGCCAGGAGGUGAGAAGGAGGCACCCACACACCACCACAGCUGGCAACCCUCGUGACUGCUGUUGCCGCACCAUUACUAAUGCUGCGCACGUCACCGCAGAAGCAUCUGUACUAUUCCCUCACUGGCACGACGCGAGCGAGGUGCGGGGUGUGCACUUUCGCGGCAUCAGUGGUGAAGGAGUUCAUACUUGUAUCACCAUACCCUGACACCCGGCUCAUAACAGGACAGUGCGGGUGAUCUGGAAGUCUUAUUACAAUACCAAGACUCUGUGGUGCCACCAACCGAUACUUCGUCAAAUAUACUACUAGCUGCUGUGACGGGAAUCUGGCUGCUUUCAACGACCUUCGUGCUGAGUUGGGGCGUGGCUCCUUGCCGAAGAACUUAGAACAAAUUGAUUUAGAGAGUGAAGCGGUAGGUGUGUGUACGUGUGUUGGGGCAGUGAGUGUCGUGUGUAGUAGCACCCUAAGCCCGGCAGCAGAGCGUCAGGCCUGCCAUCACGCCCGCAGGACACAAUGACAGCAUUCAGUGUGGUGGACUGACGCAAAAAUGUGGAUCGCACAGAACCAGACACUGUUGUAUAUCAUUCGCCUUGACGUGAGCAACUCUUGGUAUCUAUCGUUAAAGAGCGACACGCGAUACGAGUGACAUUUCUGAGGCGUGUGUGUAACCCGAGAAACAUCAAUUCCCUUCAUCUGCCCGCGGGUCGAGUGGCAGGAUGGGCAGCGUCGGGGUGAGGCUGCGGGACCACCACCACCUCAAGUACACGGUCAGCCUCACUAGGGUCGGCCAGCAAGUGUACUCAAGCGUCUUCUCCUGGGGCUACACCGGCAGCUACGCCUCCAUCAGGGACGCACUCUUCAGCCUCCCCAACUACAACGCCACCAAGUUUCGAAAGGACUUCAAUGGGUCACAGCGCGAGAGGAUCAACCAGGGUGACCCGGUGGCCACCUAUGACAUCACGCUAAUGUACAAACUCCUGCAGCUGUUGUGUGGCCUGAAGGACGCAAGCGACUCGGCAUGGGUGACGGAGGCAGACACCCUCGAGUACUUACUCUACACCAUCAAGGCUCUGAGGAACGAAGUUGCACAUGAGACUUUACACUUGACCUCAGAGGAAAUGUACAAAAAGCUGGGGACGCUCAAAGAACUUUUCAUCAAAACCAUAAAAAAAGCUGGCGAGGUAUUCUCCGUGGGACCUGCGAAAGUGGAGACCUUAGAGAGGUCAAUCACCACCCAGCUGGAUGCCAUCAAGGAGUCUCCCGUGCCCCUCUCCACCGUGGACGAGUACAACAAGGAGGUGCUCGCCACCAGGAAGCUUCGCCUGGUGGAGGAGGGAGGAUAUGAGCUGACGCAGACCUACGAUAACCUGUGUGAAGUCAGUGUGGCUCCCUGGCUCGUGUCGGGGCAGCGGGUGGUCGUGGAGUCUUUAUUUACCACGCCCACGCUGAGGAGGGAGCAGACACACAUCAGACAGAGACAACUCUCGUCAGAGGAGAGCCUCGUCGCCUGCAGUGACAUCUUACAGGCGACGGAGUGUGACGGGUCGGAGCCACACAUGACUCUCGUCUCCGCGAUCAGUGGGAUGGGAAAAUCAACGUUACUGAGGUAUUUACUGUAUGAUGUGAAGACUAAUGGAAAUGUAAUUGUGAAAAUGGACAGCUUUGAUUUGGUCCUCUUCCUGGAGUGCCGCCACUCGACAUUUGCAUCUGUGGAGGACCUGGCUGCCCUUCUGCUCCCCAGGACGGCGGCCUCCUUCCAGUCGGCCGAGUUCCAGAGAACACUCUUUGCCCUGGACUUCUUGCUUGUAUUGGACGACAUGGACGAGCUGGACCAAACCUCUUUCUCAGUCUUCCUUGACUUUAUGAGGAAAGUCUCACCAGCAUCGCGAUUCUUGGCCACGGUGACUCGCGAUAAAGCAGACAGCAUCAAACGAAAGAUUUUGAACAUUCACAAAAAUGUCCUUCUCCUGGAGAUUGAAGGCAUCCCUGAGGACAAAGUUCCUGCCAUGCUACAACGAACACUGUCAUGCGGGUCGCCCAGCGCUCAGCCCGUGGAAAGUGACAUCAAGCAGCUGCAGGAACUGAUCCGGUCCAAGCGUCCCUUCCUGCAGGAGCACCUCAAGUCCCCAGAGAUCCUCAGCCUCAUUGCCCUGUGCUGGACAUUGUCCCCGGAGCGGAUCAACGCCUCCAUCACCGUCACGGAGGUGGUUAUGCUCGUCGAGGACCUCCUCAUACACAAGGUCGUCCACAAACUGAUGGGGUCAAGCCCAGCGACGCCCUGCGCGCAGCACGGCGUGACCUCCAAGCUGCAGACGUACUUGUUGACGCUCAGCGGCAUGGCCCUUCAGUGCCUGGUGAAGGGCAAGUAUGUACUGGAUGGUGAGGACAUUCAGAAACUGAUGGAAAAAUGCAGGGCUGUGGAACUCCCCGAAAACUACAUGAUGUCAGCAUUUUUAAACUACUCGACAGACCCCGACAACGGGCUGUGCUCCAUGCCCCGCGUCGUGCCCUUCCCCCGCACACUGACGCUGCUCUACUACGCUGCCUGGUACGCCGUGCAGCGCCUGAGGGUGGCCCCUCCCUCCACCAGGAUACGACAGUUCCUAAAGCUGCAGCCGCCCCUCCCUGAUGAGUCACAAACAAACAAUCUCCUGGUCAUGAUGAAGUACUUGGUGGGAAUGCUGGACGUGCUGGCGCCAGGGGAGCUGCGGUCAAGAGCAAGGGAAAUAGCUGACCUCUUGAAGGAGCUCGGGGCCAAGACAACGUCCCAGUGGCUGCAGUAUGUCGAAGAAGCGAAGGAGGAGCCAAAGCUAACCCAAGAAAUAAUGAAAGAGGUGGGAGACGAGUGGGAAGUGGAGGACUUUGCCAUUUCCUUAACGUUAGCCAAUCUCAUCAAGCAGCAGAAACCUAAACGCCUCGUGCUGACAACACUCCACAGACCCGAUGAUUACCCACACCUGCAGGAAGUCCUCGGGGCCUGCGCCUGCACCGACACCACGCUGUCACUACACUUGUAUCAACACUUCUGGUCCGAGAAAAACGAUGUCUCGGACAGAUUCCUGGAGACACUCACGAAUGCAAAGAAUCAGUGCAAAAUGGAGCACUUCGCGGGGCGUCUCACUGGACCAGCCAUCCAAACGCUGCCGAGUUCACUGCUAAGGCUUGCCCUCCACAUCACUCCGAGCGACCUGGGUGCCCUAAACGCCGUGCUCCCGUCCCUCACAGCCCUGCAGAUGCUCUACCUUAACCUGGACCUGCCCCCCGACACCCAGCCGAACACCCUGCCAACACUCACCCUUCAAGGCAGGCCCGUGAUCCUGUCCGUGGAUCUCUGGAGGAUAACGCUGGAGCUAGUUCAGUGGUCCUGUGACGUGGUUCGCGCCCUAUCGAAACACUACACGCGGCUGGUGCUCCGGCGAAGUGAACUGGACCGCCACGGGUGCUCCGAGUGGGUGGCGGGGCUGCGCGAGGGCGGGGUCACCGUGGACGCUCUUGUCGUGGGGUCCACCCGUGUCCUGACGCCGCAGGACCGUGAGCACAUCCAGACCCUGGCGGCGGAGAUCGGCUGCAAGGACCUCAAGGUGAUAAAGGUGUGAAGAGACGAGAGGCGGAGACUAGACGAUCAUGUGGUGUUGUCAGUAUUGCAUUAAGGAUUUUUACUCGUUUUUGUGAGCUUCAAGUGGGGCACGAUGAUGUAAAAACGUGCACGUGGAGUUUGUGUACUUUAAUGACCUCAUGAGAUCGAAAAAUGUUGGGUGAGAGGGGAAGGUGUGUGUGUGUGUGGGGGGGGGGGGGGAUGCUAAAAUGCUUGCUUUUCCUUGUGUACUUUUCAUUGGAGUCUUGCCAGUAAAAUAUUCUAAACUUAUGAAGUGUUUCGUAGCCUUCUGCAGCCCCCUUCAAAGCUAGUGCAAUAAGGACGCCACACUUCAGGAAACAUAAACUAAUCUUGAAUGAACAACCGUUUAUUUACACUUGUUCUCACAAACCAUCAUGUCCAGUGCCCAGCGUUAGCGGCAGCGGACCCCCUCGUGUUGGGUAACGUGUGUAUGCGUGAGGACGUCUGCAGACAAGGGUGGCGUGACACUGAAGAUGAUCAAACAUUUUUUCAAUCCAAUCAAUAUAAUGUUGCGAAUUUGCUUACUUUUUCUUUUGUUAUUUCGUUAAAUAUAUUAAUGUCUUGGAGUGAAAGUAUCUCGUGUCCACUGCUUUAAAAUUAAAUUACAAUCAUGCUUAUGGCCAGCCUUCUGUUCCUUCCCCUCGCUCUGACACUCGAGACCAACUGGCGGCUGACGUGACACACCCAACACCAACACAAGGGAGUUAAGCUGCGGCCAACAUACACACGUAAUGGAGCCAAUUACAAUACCCGGCAAUAAGUGCCCUCGAGGUGGAAUCAGUUGCCAGCUUUGUGAUCAACUAGACAGAGGACACACUGUAGCAAAGACCACCACUUCAAAGUAAAGACAUGUUUCUUCAAACACAAAAAAGUUAGACCUGCAAAUCAAGGCCAUGAACAUAAAUUAAGGGGUGACAACUGGUUAUAGAUCAUGUAUUCCUAGCCAGUUAUAUUGCUUGAGUUGUUGAGUUCCCUAGUCUAGAUGAUAUCAUGUGGCUAUGAUAUGGUACAUUAGUAGCAGGAUAUGUGGAAGGUUGGGGAGGGGGCACAGGACAUGAUACUUGGGAACACCACAUGCUGUGGACCUACGUGACUGCCUGGUGCUGCAUGAUAGACAACUGCGAGAUUUUAACAUUUCCCUACAAGACUGGAUUUCAAUAGUUCAACAUUUCCUUGUAAAGUUUUACUUGUCAGUUUUAAAUGAUAAAAUGGCAUAGGCUGCUUUUGUAUUUGUCAAUCAGUGAAGCAAUCCUUAACAAGUCUACUGAGAUAAACAUUUAUGCUUUGCAAAAUACGAUAGCAAGUAAGUAGCUGACAGUAUUUGCACAUGCAAGGUUUGCAAUAACAAAAUAAAACAAUGCCUGAAACUUGUGCAAACUUUGUCUAAACAGCCCCUCUCUCUCACACACACACGCACACACACAAGCCAACACUGAGCUCUGUUUCAAAGCCUAGUAAGGGAAAAAUUACAAUAGGCAAUGGUAUAAACAGGUAAAUAAUAUGGUAGUAUUAAAUUUAUACAUCAAGAUUGUUUGCAAACUGCCGUGAUAACAUUAAUUACAAAACCAUUUCAAAUGCCCAAUUAGAUUGCAAACACCAAAAUAAAAAUAAAAGCCAAGUCUUCCAUGGCACAAAUACUAGGUGCAGGGCUGAGGCUUGGAGACAAUUCACCUCUUCAGUUGUUUAUGGCUAGGGGUUGCCAGCACCACCAGUCAGGAUAGGAUGCCACAACCAGUUAUCUGGCUCAGUUGUUCAUUACACAGCACGCACUUCAAAUAAAAACGGGAAUUUCUCAUAAAUUAUCCAACCAGCAUUUUUGUCUUGAAGGAAUGUUGGAAGUCAAAAAGGGUCACAUGAGACUACACAAAAAAACACUGGCCUAAGAGAGCACACACAGACAACUGACCUCUAACACCAUAUAAAAACUAGCCUCUCAAUGACUCGGCAACCUCUGGGGUACACAGCAGAUUAUUAUGAUGCAUCUUUCAACUGGUCUACACCUCCCAUGGCAACUCAGACAGGGGUAAACACGUCACCCAAUACCUGUACUAAACAAAGGGCAAUACAUGUAAAUAUUAAAUCUUUCAACAUAUCUGCAUUAGGUAGUUUUUUUCCAUCAGCGCAUGACCUGAAGCUUCCAUCAACAUCUACUCUCACCACUCUCUAACACUGCUUACACACGUGACAAGCACCCUCACGUAUGACCUUGCUGUCUAGCCAACCCCCUCCACUUUCACUACCAAGGCCAGUGAUGGUGAAUUAAGUUGAAGUUUCAGUCCAGAAGCAACUGUGAUGUAACACAAAUAUAUAUCACAUGAGAUAGAUAGAUAGAUAGAUAGAGUUAGAGAGAGAGAGAGAAAAAGAGAGAGAUGUGGGUGAAAGCACUACUAGGUGGAGGUGGAAAGUGGUCACUAAGCUGAUUGUUCCCACCUCCACCUGUGCCCCUCCACACCAGCCUUCCUCCCACCACUGGCCUCCACUGACCUGACACACUUCCCUCUCUGUUCUGGAUUUCACUUUACCACUAACCUCAGCCAGACAUUCCUUCAAGAAUACUCUUAACAAAAUCUUCAGAAUCUGCACUUGCGUCAAGAUGAAACUGACAGAUGAAACUGACGUAUCAAUGGUGGGCAAGAAUUACAUCCUGAUUAUUGAAGUUGACAAAAUAUGGUCAUUACAGUGGACGACGUACUGCUUUCCCCCAACCCCCAACUUGUCUCUUCCUGGCUUGCUAUUAUCUGUGUGUGCUAUCACGACCUUAAAUGUUUCUUAUAUUAAUUGCUUUCUUUUCACUAUUUCAAAUAACCAAGUUUUCCUGAUUCUCACAGCAGUAAUAACACGUUAGGCCAUCUAUAGUCUUCCAAAUAUGUCGAGGCCAGUCUGGCAUAGGCUCCCACUGGUCCUUUCCUCCCCUCUGCUGUGCCACACAGUUCUAACGCCUAUCUCUUUCUCUCACAUGUAAGCUAUAGGUAACAUAAGAGAGGAAAAAAUAGGUGUUGGGCCUGUGUGGCAGAGCAGAGAGAAGUGGACCCGCGGGAGCCAACGCCAAAACGGACUCGACAAUUUGGUUUCACUAUAGUGUUGGCUAAAUUUAUAGUGACUAUUGAAAAACAAAAUUCUUCUCCUAUUUGACUCCAAUCUGGCAAGUGGUUAAACUGAAGGCUUUUAAUUAACCAUGAAGUUCAUAGAUAAGGUGAUACAAAUGAUACAUGCCAGUUUCAUAUAUGUGGUCCAUCAGUUAUGAACCCAUACCAGAUCUGAACAUUGCUGAGUAAGCAUUGCCUAUCAAAUCUCUGUAGUUGUUACAUUUCAUAUAUCAUAAAAUAAUGAAACCAAUUUUAUCCUAAGCCUGAGAAAACAUACACUCAAGAUUACUGUGGUGAGCUCAAUAUCUGUAUAAAAACUAUCUAAGCAUGAAUUUACAACAGACACUUUUUAUCAAGGAUUACGACAUCUAAUUACAUAUUUACGGCUAGAUUUCAUCUUUUCUAGUAUCAAGUUAGGCAUGACUAAUACACACAACACUAACAAAUCUACAAAUAUAUAAUCUACUAACACUACAAACAAAGUGUUACCCCGCACAAAAUGAAUGAUAUGUUUGCCAAAACUCAACCAGGUCCAUGAGCACUGUCCAGCUUGCAUUUAUUGUGAACACACAGGACAAGUGGAUCAGACAGCCUCAUAAUCACCAUAUAAAUUAACUGGAAAAAAAGGCAAAUGAUAAUGGUAAGAAUUAGCUUAAGACAAAUUAUCCUUGUGCUUACAGAUUUGCAAGACUUAACUUACCAUGAUUGAGCACUAAAGGCUGGUUUCAAGUACUUGUUCAGGACUGUCCAUGCAUGAAUAUAUAUGAUGUAUGUAUGCACUGAUAACAGUAACUGAAAGCGAGUGGAAUACCAUACUAAAACACUCGUUGAAUUCUUGGGUCACAUGAUAAGAACAUGGAAAAAGGUCACGGUAAGGUUCCUUCAACUUAUUUUAUAAUUCAAUUGGAAACUUGAGGUGAGACAGCUUUUUGUUUAGAUAGACCACUUGAGUAUUCUGAGUUCAGUUAAUCUGAGUUAAAUUGAGUAAUAACUCUCUAGCAUCAAGUAGCUAUGAUGAGUUAGUCUCUUUGAACAAAACGAGAUUCACAAACUUCUUUUCCACCAUCCUCUGUAACAACAAAACAUGUGUGCUGGGCUUUUUGCAGGAUAUAGACAGCACCAAUUCUUGACCAUGAACUAUGAAUUAAAACAAUCAUCAAUCAAUACAUGUACAAUUUUUCCCUUUGAGGAGCAGAGGGCAGAGAAAGCAAGGUAUGUAGACUUAAGAGCCUUAAGGUAUAGUACUGCUGCAAAAUAAAGAGACGUGGUGUGUGGACUGGCAAGGAUGUUAAGUGUUAUGUAUGGUGUUAGGAUGAAACAGGACCUACAAUAUUAAUCUGGUCCCAACCCAACACAUGACAGUUCAAUGAGGAUAUGGAAUGUGAAGCAAAGUGGACAAGUUAAUAAUCCUUUCAACAAAAAUAGUGGUGGUGGCUAUACAAGAGGGUGGGGGUACAGUAUCACUGGAAUGAUUUAAGCAGGUGUAGAGGAUGAGAGUUGAUCAUGUGACAUAUAUAUAGAGGCAGAUAGGUGAUUAAGAAACAGAUUUUUGUAAAGAAAUUAAAGAAAAAACUAUAGCUCAUUCAGAAAGAAAGCUAAGGGUGAAUAUAUUCCUGCUGGGGGAAAAGUUUCAACUUGCCAAAUAGUUUUGUAAAGGGGAAAUGUUUAAGUAUUGACUGAAUGUUUGUCAAGAUGAUUCACCACAUGGCUACUAUAACCUACUUUGCAUUGAAAUAAUCAGUUACUGUCCUCCAACUGUGUCCUAGAACCAUGCCUUCAACACACAUGGUAAUAUGCCAAACCCUAGCAUGAACCUAAUGACUAGGACAUAUAUGAAACUGUUUUUUAAAAACCUCAAUUUUAAUGUCCACUUCAGGUCGUUUAUAUAUGCUUAAAGUAUAUUCUCAGAGUGAUAUGUUUAUGCAGGAAUGUAUAAAAAUUCAUGUUCAUUUAUAAUGAACUUCAACAAUGAAACUGAAUUUUUCCUUUAUGGUGACCAGAAUUCAAGUUAUGUAAGCCUAAAUGAAUCAGUAUCCAUACAUACACAUAUAAGCAUACAUGAAGCACAAACAACUAAGAUGAAUUUGUAAGUAUUUGCUUAUAUAUUUACAUGCAAAUGUUCCUGCAUACAAGGUAAUAAAUGGGGGCAUGGUGUGGCUCUCCUACAUAUAAGAAGCGACGAGAGAAAAUGGCAUUGCAUUAGCAGCCAGAGAUGCUCAACACUGAUCACAUCUUUAACAAACACAUCAAAUGUUUGUCAUGGCAGACAGAUUCCCAGAACAGAGCAGAUUUAGGCUUUUACUCUAAAACAUACAUAACAAAGUAUUACUUCAAACUGCACUGAUCUAGGCUUUAUACUGAAAGGGAAAAGUAUUCAAAAUUCCAUGCUUGUGUAGUUCUUGUUGCCAUCAAACGUGUCUGUGUGUGCGUGCAUGGGUGCGUGCACAGGUGUGCCCGUGUCUGUGAAACUGUGAUCCUUCUGACAACAAUGAACCUUGACACCAGCUGUCUAAUUUGCAACAAUCAUCAGCCAUUUUGUGUUUCACCCAUGAUUACUCCUUAAAGCUACAUAAAUGCUAUACUACAUUAUUAAUGCCUAAGUCUAAUCAAGUAAUUUGUAAGCUGUUAAAAUAUAUCCCUAUGUGAAAGUGUAAUAUACAUCUGCAUUCUCAAUCUUUGGUUGAGCCCAAAAAUAAAAAUAUAAAUUAA